AUACAAGAUGGCAAAGUUUGACUUCCUUUCAUUUGUUUUGUUCUGGUGGAUUUCAACAUGUCAAGGAAUUAUUCAAUCACCUCCCCCUGAUACAAAUUUUACAUUUUUACUUGGAGAAACACACAGUAUAACAUGGACAUUUAAUGAUAGUGAAAGUGAUUUGGACAGUAGAACUUGGUAUUUUACGGGUAGUAGUAAUGGUUCACCACGAAGACGUUUGGCCACUGUCCUUGAGAGGGGUGCUGUAAUAAAGACCAGUGCAUCAACUCCUUCAAAUUAUGACGUCUGUAAACCUUCAACGCUGCAAUUAAGAAAUAUCACUCAUAGUUAUGAUGGAACAUAUGAGUUUAUAUUGGAAAGAAAGGACGAUAUAUCAUUUACAUCUACAGUCAGAGUUUUUGUUGCAAGAAAUAUUCUAUCACCUCCCAAUGGCCCAAGUUUUACAUUUCUACCUGGAGAAACACACAAUAUAACGUGGACAUUUAGUGAUAGAGAAAGUGAUUUGGACAGUAGAGAUUGGUAUUUUACGGGUAGUAGUAAUAGUCCACCACGAAGACGUUUGGCCACUGUCAUUGAGAGGGGUGCUGUAAUAAAGACCAGUGCAUCAACUCCUUCAAAUUAUGACGUCUAUAAACCUUCAACGCUGCAAUUAAGAAUUAUCACUCCUAGUUAUGAUGGAACAUAUAAGUUUAUAUUGGAAAGAAAGGACGAUAUAUCAUUUACAUCUGAAGUCAGAGUUUUUGUUGCAAUGAAACCAAAUGUGGUAAUUUAUUCUUCAAAUCCUCUGGUUGUGAAUGAAGGUGAUAAUGUAUCAUGUACAUUAGUAAUCACUAAUGUUACAUUGAAUGAUGGUGGAAGAAUUUACAAAUGUGAAGCACAAAGUUAUGAUAGUACAGAUUAUAGAGAUGAAAAUCCAUUGAAAUACAAAUCCACCAAAACAAACCAAUAUUACCAUCAGUCCAAUGUCAGUAAAAAAAAAGGUCAAAAUGUGAUAGUAACCUGUGAAUCAGAUGGUUAUCCUGAACCAACCUACACUAUUUAUCAUAAUGGUGCAGUUAUCAGUAAUAAAAAGACAUACAUCAUUAAUUCUAUCAACUUCAGUAAUGCUGGUUCAUAUCGUUGUGAAGCAAAGAAUAAACUGGAAAAUGAUUCAUCUGAUGUUAAAAAUCUUACUAUCAUCACAGUGAAACCUACAGUGGUAAUUAAUUGUUCAACACCUCUCGUUGUGAAUGAAGGUGAUAAUGUAUCAUGUGUAUGUAGAGGUGAAGGAGGUAUCCCUCCUGCUAAUGUCACAUGGUUUGAUAAACAUAACAACAUAAUUGGUGAUGUUGGAGUUGUAAGUAAGACAUUAGUAAUCACUAAUGUUACAUUGAAUGAUGGUGGAAAUUACAGAUGUAAAGCACAAAGUUAUAAUGAUCCACGUUUUAGAGAUGAAAAAUCUAUUGAAGUAACAGUGAAAGCUACUUACAACGUUCUUUGUGAUGACCAAAAAGGGAGAAUAAAACAGUACAAAACAGAAUGGUACAUCAUUUUAAUAACUUUAACAUCUGGAAUUAUCGUUGGAAUUUUGGUUUCUAUUGUUUUUCAAUAUCGUCAACAUUGGUUUUGUAAAAAUUGUCAACAAUUUCAAUCUCCACCUGAAGUUAGGAUAAAUUCUGUUGAUACAACUUAUCAAGAAUUGGAUUUAUCAAAAAUUAAUAAUAAAGAAGAUAAUUAUCAAUCAUUGAGACCAAAGGAUGACACAGUUGAUAAAACUUAUCAAGAACUGGACAUAUCGAAAAGGAAAAUAGAAGAUAAUAAUUAUGAAUCUUUGCAAAAAAAUAAUGAAUCGGAGUACGAGAUACCCGACGAAAGAAGAAAUUAUGAGAACAGUAAUUUGUUUUGAAGAAAAUCAUAAAUUUAUUCUAAACAUGUGUUUAUAAACCUUUUCCAUGUUGUAAAGUCACAACGGCGCUUUUAAGAACAUUUACAUUUUCUGAUAAGAUUUGAAUUUUGCAUCUUUUCCUCCCUUUGGAGCUGCCAAUACUUUAUGAUUUCCAGAAGGAAGCCAUUUUUGGAUGAGAAAAUACACUGGUCAUUCUGACUCA